AUGGGCGAACCACCCGUGCCCAGGGCGCCAGCCGAUGGCCCUGCGCCCUCUUCUCAGAGCAGCAAUGGAAGCGAGUCGACCUUUUUCAACGGAGACGAACGAGUGGAACACGAAUCGGUCAAAAUUCAUCAUCACACCGAAGCAAGCGAGACUGUCGAAUACAUGGAAGAACACAGCCAACAAGUGGAAAUGGAGAGGCGGCAGUCUGCAGUACAAUCCCUUGCACGACAGUAUACACAGCGAUCCAGUGUCGGCGGCCACAUUGGUGGCCACAGCCCCUUUACCACGGAUGAUCCCAUGUCCCCCUUGAACCCGCUAGGAGAAAAGUUCAAUGCUCGAACAUGGGCUCGCACCAUUGCCAACCUUACAUCGGAACACGGAGGCGGAUACCGAACGGCCGGCGUCUGUUUUCAAAACAUGAACGUGUUUGGCUACGGCGCCGACACCGACUACCAAAAGGACGUCGGCAAUGUAUUGUUGGAAGCACCCAAGGCCCUUCCGGCCCUCUUUGGACAGAAGCGAGGACUGCGACGAGUCGACAUCUUGCGCGACUUUAACGGUGUCAUUGAUGCCGGAGAAAUGUGCAUUGUCCUCGGUCCUCCGGGAGCAGGAUGUUCCACAUUUCUCAAGACACUGGCAGGUGAAAUGAACGGCAUCUACACCGAUCCCAGCACCUAUCUCAACUACCAGGAACUAUCGGCCAAGGAAAUGCACAAGUACCACGCCGGAGAUGCCAUCUACACCGCCGAGGUCGAUGUUCACUUUCCCAUGCUGAGUGUCGGUGAGACCUUGUCUUUUGCCUCUCGUGCGAGAUGUCCUAGAACCCUUCCUGAAGGUAUCUCUCGUGACGAAUACUGUGGUCAUCUCCGAGAUGUUGUCAUGGCCAUGUAUGGUAUCUCGCAUACCGUCAACACCCGAGUUGGUAACGAGUACAUUCGUGGAGUGUCUGGUGGUGAGAGGAAGCGUGUCACGAUCGCCGAGGCAACCUUGUCCAAUGCACCGCUCCAGUGCUGGGACAACUCUACCCGUGGUUUAGAUUCGGCAAACGCCAUUGAGUUUUGUAAAACCUUGAGACUUCAGUCUGAAAUGUUUGGCCAGACCUGUGCCGUCUCCAUCUACCAAGCUCCCCAGAGUGCAUAUGACCUGUUCGACAAAGCGCUUGUCUUGUACGAGGGUCGUCAAAUCUACUUUGGCCCGGCAACCAAAGCCAAGAGCUACUUCGAGGGUCUCGGCUUUGACUGCCCGUCUCGCCAGACCGUUCCCGACUUCCUCACCUCCAUGACGGCCCCAACCGAGCGUGUCGUCCGACCCGGCUGGGAGAACCGCGUCCCCCGAACCCCCGACGACUUUGCAGCGUGCUGGAAGAAGAGCCAGGAGAGUGAGGAACUGCUCCGUCUGAUUGAGCAGUACAAGCAAGACCACCCCAUCGGUGGUGCCAGCGCCGAGGCUUUCCGCUCCCACAAGCAGUCGGUUCAGGCCAAAGGACAACGUCUCAAGUCGCCCUAUACCUUGUCGUAUGCUCAACAGGUCCAGCUGUGUCUCUGGCGUGGUUGGCGUCGUCUCUUGGGAGCUCCCGAGAACACCAUAUUCUCUCUCAUCGCAAACUCCGCCUCUGGCUUGAUCAUCUCUUCCCUGUUUUACAACAUGCCCCAGACAACCACGUCCUUCUACAGUCGCGCUGCCGCCCUCUUUGUGGCCAUUUUGACCAAUGCAUUCUCGAGUGCGCUCGAGAUCUUGACGCAGUAUUCGCAGCGUCCCAUUGUCGAAAAACACGUCCGCUACGCCUUUUAUCAUGCAUCGGCUGAAAGUUACGCUUCGAUUCUUGUCGACAUGCCAUACAAGAUCCUCAACGCCAUUGUCUAUAACCUCAUCUUCUACUUUAUGACUAAUCUCAACCGCACACCUGGAGCAUUCUUCUUCUUCUUGUUUGUAUCUUUCCUCAUGACUCUGUCCAUGUCUGGUCUGUUCAGAUCCAUUGCCGCAUUGUCUCGGACUCUAUCCCAAGCCAUGGUACCUGCCUCGAUUCUCAUUCUUGCUCUUGUCAUCUUUACCGGUUUUGCUAUUCCGGUUGACUACAUGCUGGAUUGGUGCCGCUGGAUCAACUACCUAAACCCUGUCGCCUACGGUUUCGAAGCCCUAAUGGUCAACGAGUUUCACAAUCGCGAAUACACAUGUGGUGCCUAUGUGCCUAGCCCUUCCGUCCCCGGAUACGAGAAUACCUCCAUGGCCAACAUGGCCUGCUCGGCCGUCGGUGCGGUGACGGGACAAUCGUACGUCCUUGGUGACACUUAUAUUGCCACGGCCUACAAGUACUACCACAGCCACAAGUGGCGAAACGUUGGCAUCCUGAUUGCAUUCGCUAUUGGCCUUCACGCCAUCUACAUUACGGCGGCCGAAUACAUUGCGGCCAAGAAGUCAAAGGGUGAAGUGCUCGUCUUCCGCAAAGGUUUCGUUCCAUCAUCUUUCAAGACAUCGGGUGACCAGGAGGCCAACGCCACUCGGCCCGGCGCGCAAAUCGCCAGCAAGGACUCGAGCGGCUCCGACUCGGAGGGCGCCAUUCAAGCCUCCACCAGCGUCUUCCACUGGGGCCAGCUGUGCUACGACGUCAAGAUCAAGAACGAAACCCGCCGCAUCCUAGACCACGUCGACGGCUGGGUCAAGCCGGGCACGCUGACGGCGCUCAUGGGUGUCUCGGGUGCCGGCAAGACCACGCUGCUCGACUGUCUCGCCGAUCGCGUCUCCAUGGGUGUCAUUACCGGUGAAAUGUUGGUCGACGGCAAGAUUCGCGAUCAGUCCUUCCAGCGAAAGACUGGUUACGUUCAGCAGCAAGACUUGCAUCUCGAGACUAGUACUGUGAGAGAAGCCUUGGAGUUCUCGGCCCUGUUGCGUCAACCUGCUAGCACUCCAAGAGCUGAGAAAUUGGCCUAUGUCGACGAAGUCAUCAAGCUCUUGGAUAUGGAGGAAUAUGCUGAUGCUGUUGUCGGUGUUCUUGGUGAAGGUCUCAAUGUCGAACAACGGAAGCGACUCACCAUUGGUGUGGAGCUGGCUGCGAAACCCCCUCUGCUCUUGUUUGUGGACGAACCGACCUCGGGUCUCGACUCGCAGACAUCAUGGGCUAUCCUCAACCUCCUCGAAAAGCUGUCAAAGGCCGGCCAGUCCAUCCUGUGCACCAUUCACCAGCCCUCCGCCAUGUUGUUCCAGCGCUUUGAUCGACUCCUUUUCCUUGCCAAGGGAGGAAAGACUGUGUAUUUCGGCGAUAUCGGCAAGAACUCUAGGACCAUGAUUGACUACUUUGAACGAAAUGGCGCGCCUGCUUGCCAUGACGGACAGAACCCGGCCGAAUGGAUGCUUUCCGCCAUUGGUGCUGCCCCCGGCUCCACGUCCGAGGUCGACUGGCACCAGGCCUGGCUCAAGAGUCAGGAGUACGAAGCCGUGCAAACCGAGCUGGCCGAUCUCAAGUCUGGUGGCCUGACCCGCACAAUGACCAAUGCUACCGCCAAGACCGAAUCGCUUCGGGAGUUUGCUACCCCCCUCUGGGACCAGCUUCGCAUCGUCACACAUCGCGUUUUCCAGCAAUACUGGCGCACACCCUCCUAUAUUUACGCCAAGACUACUCUCUGUAUCUCCGUCGCCCUGUUCAUUGGUCUCGUCUUUCUCAAUGCACCCCUCACCAUUCAAGGCUUGCAAAAUCAAAUGUUUGCCAUCUUCAACUUGUUGAGUGUAUUUGGUCAGCUCGUCCAGCAACAGAUGCCGCAUUUCGUCACGCAACGCUCCCUGUAUGAAGUGCGCGAAAGGCCUUCCAAGACAUACAGCUGGAAGGUGUUUAUGCUCUCGCAGAUUAUUGUCGAAAUCCCAUGGAAUUCCCUCAUGUCCUUGUUCAUGUGGAUCUGCAUCUAUUAUCCCGUUGGGUUCUACAAGAAUGCCGAAGCUGCUGGCCAAACUCAUGAACGUGGUGCCUUGAUGUGGUUGCUCAUUUGGCAAUUCAUGAUCUUUACUUGCACCUUUGCCAAUGCUUGUAUAUCCAUCACGGACACGGCCGAGGCGGGUGGUAACCUGGCCAAUGUACUAUUCCAGCUCUGUCUCUUCUUUUGCGGUGUCCUGGCCACGCCCGCCGCCAUGCCUGGCUUCUGGAUCUUCAUGUACAGGGUGAGCCCUUUUACAUAUCUAGUAUCGGCGCUACUGUCAACCGGUCUGGCCAAUACCUCUGUGCAGUGCGCCGCCAACGAGCUGGUGAGCAUUACGCCGCCCCUGGGCCAGACGUGCGGCGAGUACAUGUCCAGCUACAUAUCCGCCGCCGGCGGCUACCUCCAAGACGCCAACGCCACCGACUCGUGCAGCUACUGCUCCAUCUCCGAGACCAACGUCUUCCUGACGUCCCUCAGCUCUAGCUACGCCACGAGGUGGCGCGACUUUGGCAUUGGCAUGGUGUACAUUGUGGUCAACAUUGCUGCCGCCUUGUUCUUGUACUGGCUGGUGCGCAUGCCCAAGGGUAACAAGGACAAGAGCAAGAAGGAGGAGAAGAAGGAGAAGAAUUAG